UGGUGGAAUGACGUCAUCGCGCGGCGCGGGGAGGCGGCAGCAAUGGCGGCGGCGGGAGGAGGAGGAGAGGCGGUGGCGGCCCCGCCGCGGGGUAUCCGCGCCUGGCUGCGGAGCGCGUUCCGCUUCGCCACCGACCGCAACGACUUCCGCAGGAACCUGCUGGUGAACCUGGGGCUGUUUGCCGCCGGGGUCUGGGUGGCCCGGAACUUAACGGACAUGGACCUGAUGGCCCCGCAGCCCGUCCCGUAGCAGAUUUUAAAGCAGAACCACCUCCCCUGAUUAUGCUGAAUCCCUGUCCCAGGAAGGAGUCGGAGCCACCAGGAGGAGAGCUUGCCCUACCACCGGGAUCGGAGCUGUGGGGCUGCUCAGAUCCCCCCUGGAGCUGGUCAGAUCACCCCUGUCCUGCCUGGAGCAGUGACAGGGACAAAAGGGAGCUUAGUUUCCCAUCCAUCCGUUCCUUCCUUCCGGAAUUGUUUCCUCAAGGAUGUGCGUGGAAUUUCCUCCUGUGCCGUCUACCCCCAGAUGUUUAUUAAAGUUUAUGGAAUAACAACAUAGCCCACUAAAA